CUAUUGGUUUCGCCCAGGGACUCGCUCCAGCACUCACGGCAGACAACAGUGCUACAACACAGUGAUUGUAUAUUAUAACGUAUAAAUUAAACGUCAGUUUUUAGUAGUAAUGGCGUAAAAACACCACAAACUCAGAGUGGUCUUAAAAAAAAAAAAACACUGUUUGAAGGAGACACAUUUACCGAUGAGAGCUCAGUGUCCAUAAAUGGCAGCUGUGCAGUCGGAGAGAGAGGGACGAGGUAAAGAUCUGCACUGGAAUAAAUAAGGCUAACCCACCCCCCUCCCCCCUUAUCCUCCCCUUCCCUCCCUUUCUACCCUGGAAGCAAUAAGUAGAUCUUGUUGGUGCAGACCCCCCCCCUUCAUGAAUCCUCCCCUUUGCACCCUUUCCCACCACUGCUACCUGAGCUGAAGCAGGUUAAGGAGAAGCUCAGAUGAUCCAUCGGGCUGUUAUGAACCACAUUGUCCAAGCAGCCAGGGACAGGGAAGAGUAACUAGUGCGUGUGAGAGAAAUCGCUUCGAGGUGGGGGGUGCUGUGAGCACCUUGUGAGGUCCGCCCACCAAGCCUGGCAGAAAGCUUGGCUCACCCCUUCUCUCCUCCAGCCCCUGAGAUGCCCUCCCCUCCUAAUGAUGGAGAGGAUCAAGGAGCGUCCCCCAUGAACGGCGGCCCAUCUGUGGGCUCCUACAAGAGCAGAGGGAAGAGGAAGGCACACUCCAAAAAGAAGAAGGGCACGAUAACUGCCAACAUCGCCGGCACCAAAUAUGAAAUAGUACGCAUAGCCAUCAGGGAGAUGGGCUUCAUCAAUGCACGGGAUGAUGAUGAGACUGCUAACCUCAUCUGGAAUGACUCAGCAGUGCAGCAUGAGAAGAUUGCUGAGCUCAGGAACUAUCAGAGAAUUAACCAUUUCCCUGGCAUGGGCGAAAUCUGCCGGAAAGACUGCCUCGCAAGAAACAUGUCCAAAAUGAUCAAGUGCCAGCCUCAGGAGUACAGCUUCAUACCCAAAACCUGGAUCUUCCCCGCCGAAUACACUCAGUUCCAGAACUAUGUCAAAGAGCUGCGCAGGAAACGCAAGCAGAAGACCUUUAUUGUCAAACCUGCCAAUGGAGCCAUGGGUCAUGGGAUCUCGCUUAUCCGUAACUGUGAGAAGCUGCCAGCCCAGGAGCACUUUAUUGUUCAGGAGUAUCUGGACAAGCCCUUCCUGAUGGAGGGCUACAAAUUUGACCUGCGCAUCUACAUCCUGGUCACUUCCUGUGACCCGCUUCGCAUUUUCUUGUACAAAGACGGCUUGGUUCGCAUGGGCACCGAGAAGUACCACUCACCCAACGAGGCCAACCUGAGCCAGCUCUACAUGCAUCUGACAAACUACUCUGUCAACAAACACAACGAAAACUUUGAGCGAGACGAGACGGUGGACAAAGGCAGCAAGCGGUCCAUCAGCUGGUUCACUGAGUUCCUCCGUAUCAACGACUAUGAUGUGGCCAAGUUCUGGGGAGACAUCUCAGAGUUGGUGGUGAAAACACUGAUAGUAGCUGAGCCGCACGUUCUGCAUGCCUACCGCAUGUGCCGCCCAGGACAACCACCAGGGAGCGACAGUGUCUGCUUUGAGGUCCUGGGCUUUGACAUCAUCCUGGACCGCAAACUCAAACCCUGGCUGCUGGAGAUCAAUCGAGCUCCAAGCUUUGGGACUGAUCAGAAGAUCGAUUACGAUGUGAAGAAAGGGGUGUUGCUCAAUGCUCUCAAACUACUGAACAUCAGGGCAAGUGAUAAGAAACGAAACCUGGCUCAGGAGAAGGCAGAGGCUCAGAGACGGCUUUAUGGACAUGGCUCCAUGAAAAAACUUGCAGCAACUUCCUCGGACUGGGAGAAACAACGUCACACUCUGGAACGAAGAAAAGAGGAGCUGAAAGAGCGACUUGCACAGGUUCGCAAGCAGGUUUCCAGGGAAGAAUAUGAAAAUCAACAUCUGGGGAAUUACAGACGUAUUUACCCCCCAGACGACAAGCUGCUGUUGGAAAAGUAUGAAAGCCUGCUCUCGGCCGCCUUUCAGACCUUCCUUGCCGGGCGAGCUGCCUCACUUCAAAAGGAAAUGAAUAAUCCUCUGAAACGAAUGAAGGAAGAAGAUAUACUGGAUCUGCUGGAGCAAUGUGAGCUGGAUGACGAGAAGCUGAUGGGUAAAUCCUCCAGGCAAAGAGGCCCAAAGCCCUUGACCGCCAUGCCAGAAUACAGACAGACACCAAGACGCCAACGACCAGACUACCUUGGUGACUUCACCAGUGGCAGCAGUGCUGAUAAUUCCUGCCUGUCUUCCGAUGAAGAGGAAGAUGAGAGGAGGAAAGGAGGAGCAGGGAGAAGCAGAGAAAAGAGAGGCGAAAAGAAGGUUUCCUAUGACCUCAGUGAGAGCAAGGAGAGGAAUGUGGCUGAGCGUUCAGGUCGAAUGCACUGGAAACCUCCAAUCAAGCCUAUCAGAACCAGCAUCGCACCCUCUGUGUCCCCAACUCUUUCGGGUCCAAUCAGACGUUCUAUCUCUUGCCCUCGGUCCAUUGCAUCCCUUCCGUCACCCAGUGAGAUGCGAGUAUUGUCCAUUAGGCCGUCUCCGCUGACAAUGCCUCUCGCCAGGCCAAGCUCCGCCACGCUUCGCUCACAUUCGCUGAGCCGCAGUGGCUCCACCCAACGUGUGCCUCACAGCAGCAGCCUGGGCACCAUCCACUCUAAUUUAGGUGAUCCCCUCAUUAAUCUGAGGACGAAGGAGCAGGAGGCUGAAUUGGUGCGCCAGACCCUGUCUGCACUUACCGCAAUGCGGAUCAGGUUUCCUGGGAAAACUGAGGAGGAGGCUGAGGCAGUGCUAGAUGAGAUUCUUGACAACUGGAAGUACCAUAAAUCAAAAGUGGCAUCUUAUUGGCUGGUGAAGUUGGACUCAACCAAACAGAGGAAGGUGUUGGACAUCGUUCGCACAAAUGUCCGCUCAGCGUUGCAGCGGAUCUGGAGGGAGCCCGAUGUAGAGAGCCUGCACCUCUAUCGGCUUUUUAACCGCAUCUUCAACCGAUUGUUGUGGAGUCACGGCCAGGGACUUUGGAACUGCUUCUCCAACACCGGCUCAUCGUGGGAGGCCAUCUUUAGUAAAAGCAGUGAGUUGGUUUCACCCCACGAGCUGCAGUGCUGCCGCCGACUCGUCCAGCUGUGCCGAGACUGCCUGUUGGUCGUUUACAAGUUUGUCUCAGAGUCACGUGGCUCUUUGACGGGACUCAGUCCUGAAUGGGACGACACAAGCUUUCCAUUCGCUACUGGACCAACCUCCACCCAUGGCUCCCCUCCUGCUGCUGUCGCUGCCGCUUCCUCUACCUCCUCUUCUUCCGUCUCUUCGCCCCUCAACUCAGGUACUGGAACGCUGUUAGCAGGAGCUGCCUCACUGCUCUGUCUCGGUGGAAGGUGUCAUAGAAAAGUCUUAGAAAGGUACUGACGUCUGUGCCUCGGAACGAUAGGUACCUGCUGCCAGUGACCUCCCAGUUCAUCAUGAAGUGGCCUUCGUCCAGCUUUGGCCGCGUCUCCUCGGCCAUGCCACGCUCCCGCAGCCUUUUCACCGCCAGAAUGGACCACUUCUGAGGUCAUCAUGGCAAGCCUGGCUGCAGAAACCUCGCCUUUUAACCUCAACUUCCUCCUCACCUCACACUUCUUUGAUGACUCCCACCCAAGCCAAACUCAGAUCUUAGUAACCCCGGUAUAGAUGUGAAAUCAAGGCAGCUUUGGACACUGGGUGGGGCCUCAACUCAUCCAAAUCGCCUUGUGGAAAAGGAAUAUAGAAAGGCUGAACGACUGGGAUUACUGUAGAGCGUUUUAUGUAGUCUGUCUUGUUGAAACCAGCUAACCAUUCCCUCCAUCCCUCCUUUCAACACCAGUAAUACCAGAGAGUGGCUUCACUUCUCUGUCUUCAUUGUAACUGCUGUAUUAUAUUUCACUGUACAGUUUCAAGUCAUGGUACUGUAAAAGAAGGAAUUAACGACAAAACAAUGCAAGUUUUGUUUAUUUAUUUAUGUAACUAUUUAAUUUUAAGUUAUUUCACAAUUGCAGUGAGCGCUGCUGCAGAUUGCAGCCUGGGAAUAACAUUAACAAAGCUUUGCUUCAUUUGAAUAUGGGAGUAAAAAGCUUAGCUAUCCCUAAUUAGUACUGUUAUUUUUGUGUUUAGGUUAUAAUUUAUUUAAGAACUUACAUCUAAUGGUUUAAGUAAAGUCACUAUAUUUUCUUUAUCAUGCAACUCAAUUUAAGAAAUGUGGGUACGAGGUGAUGCACAGAUAACUUUUAAGUGUUUUGAAUGCUAACAUGUUUUGUUUCUAUUUGUGUCUCUAUUAAGUGCAGCCCAAUUUAAGCGUUCUGAAUGUGAGUGUAGUGAGCCAAGCCUUGUUUGCCUCCUGGAACACAAGCUGGCUUUAAAGUCACAGCUUGAAGAGCCAAACCUCUCCAAGAGCACCAACUAGCUCUGAUAUGCACUUUGCAAUUUGUCACAGAAAACGAAAGCAACUUCACACUUGUAGAGAAUGCAUGCUUAGACUUUAGUCUCUUUAAAACCAUAGAAGAGCUGCGUUUGGAAUAUGAAAAGUUUUUGUCAUUAAUUAUUGUGCUGUCAUGGGGAGGACACUUCACUUUCACAUUUGCUGAUGUUUUAAGGAGGAUAAGGAUGUGCAUCACAAGAUUGCUCAGCCUGCUGAGUGAGUCGGCUCAUCAGCUCCCACUUACUGCAUUAUAACAGCAGGGAUUUAUCCUGGAAGAAGCUGCUGCCAUGGUCAACAAUGCACUGUAGAUAUACACCAGAUAUUUUAUGGAUUGUUAGGACAGUAUGUUGGAUUUUAUUUUAAGCUAAUGACUUUGCCCAGUGCAGCAUCUCAUAGCUAUGCUUUUAUUUUGAUAGAUAGAUACGUUUAAAUAGGAUUCUAACGUCAACAUGAGUUAAGAAAACAAUAGUCUGUACAAAACAGUGCAGUAUACAUAUUUUUAACUAUUUCAACCUGUCUGUAAUGUAGCAGCAAUGCUGUGCUAAAACUAAAAAAACAUUCAGUGUCCCUAUUUUUUUCCCCAUGAUGUUAACUUUUUUUCUUUAUUUUGCAAAAUUUA